AUGUCAAUUAAAGCAAUCCACCUCGAGGUUGUUAGUGAUCUGACGUCCUACGGUUUUCUCGCAUCACUUAGACGUUUCGUUGCUAGAAGGGGGCUGCCAGAACACAUUUACUCGGACAAUGGAACCAAUUUCAUAGGUGCGAAUAGUCAAUUGAAAGAAAUGUACGCGUUGUUCAAUUCCGAAGAGCACAAAGACCACAUUAACAAAUUUGCUAGCGAACACCGCAUCGUUUGGCACUUCAUACCUCCGAUAGCUCCACACUUCGGUGGAUUGUGGGAGUCAACGGUGAAGCUUUUCAAGCAUCAUUUCAAACGCGUGGUAGGAGAUUCUUUAUUCACUUUCGAGGAAUUGAACACGUUUGUUAUCGAAGUUGAGGGUAUUCUAAACUCCAGGCCGAUCACUUCCUUAUCAUCUGAUCCGAAUGACAUGAUGGUGUUAACACCCGCUCAUUAUUUAAUUGGCAAGCCAUUAACGACCCUCCCGGAGGGAGAUUUAUUAUGUGUUCCAGUUAACCGGUUGUCUACCUGGCAACAUAUAUCGAAAGUACGACAAGAUUUUUGGGCACGUUGGUACCUCGAAUAUCUAAAUGAACUUCAAACACGCAGUAAAUGGAUCAAAGAUGGGCCGAAGUUAAACAUCGGGACUAUCGUGCUCAUCAAGGACAGGAAUCUACCGUGCACGCAAUGGUUAUUAGGCAGAAUCACGAAACUCCAUCCGGGUGAGGACGGAAUAGCUCGAACUGUCACCAUCAAAACGGCUGGCGGAGAAUUGAAAAGAGCUGCUAAGUAUCUGUGCCCAAUUCCGCUCGAACAAUAA